UUCUCAUCCCACAACUGAUCAAUUUCAUCAAGCCAGAGGUGCCAGUUUGACAGAAAUGGAUGCUACAACCAAUUUCAGCCAUUAUGAUCUAUUCAAUUUCAGCUAUGACUCUGACUAUGAUGAGGAUGAGUUCUGUGAUAAGGGUGAAGUGGUCAUAUUUGGAUCCAUUGCCAUUCCAAUUUUCUUCUCUCUUGUGAUCAUACUGAGCCUGACCGGAAACAUCCUUGUCCUUGUAAUCCUGGCUUUGUAUGAAAACCUUAAAUCUCUAACCAACAUUUUCAUCCUCAACUUGGCCAUCUCUGACCUCGUCUUCACCACCGGUCUUCCCUUCUGGGCCAUCUACCACGUCCGGGGAUGGGUUUUUUCUGAAGUGCUCUGUAAAAUUGUGACUUUUGUCUUUUUUACGGGGUUUUACAGCAGCAUCCUCUUCCUCACCAUCAUGACUGUCUACAGGUAUCUGGCAGUGGUCCAUCCUCUCUCUGACCUCGGCACACCUAAACGCUCUAUCGGGGUGUUUCUGUCUGUUCUGAUGUGGAUAAUCAGCACUGCAGCAGCCAUGCCCUCCCUACUCUUCAGCUCAAUCACCUCGGUCCACCACAAAGACAAACAUUCACAGGGCUGUGAAUAUAGUGAUCCACUGUGGGAAACUGUUGGUGUCCUCCAACAGAAUGCUUUCUUCUUAGUUGCUUUUGCAGUAAUGACUUUCUGCUAUGUUCAAAUACUGGAAAGAAUCACAAGAACAAGAUCUCACACGAAGAACAGAGCAGUCAAAUUAGUCUUCUGCAUAGUUGCUGUGUUCUUUAUUGGCUGGGUGCCAUACAAUGUUGUAAUCUUUUUGAGGGUCUUGCCUGCUCAUGGGGUGACUGGGUUAAAUGAGUGCAAAACAAGCAUCCAGCUCGACUAUGCAUUCUACGUGUGCCGGCUCAUUGCUUUCUCCCACUGCUGCCUGAAUCCAGUCUUUUAUGCAUUUGUUGGUGUCAAAUUCAGGAGCCAUUUAAAGUCAGUGCUGCAUCGAGUCAUCCGACGAAGUUCAGUUGAGGAACUGCAGACUAGAAUGCAAAACUUUGUCUCACAUGGAUCGAUGUACUAGCUGCUCAGUUCAUUUUCCUGCAUGAACUGCAUUACUGAUUUUUUCCCCCAAGCCCAGUGUGCAAAAAAUUCAUUUAAUUUAAAGAACAUAGGAAUUGCUUCAUAACUCAGUCACAGUAUACCGCAAGCUGCAAUCCAAGACAGCCUUUUGCUUGUGUGUGUGUGUGUGUGUGUGUGUGUGUGUGUGUGUGUG